GGGGAAGGAUCCGAGGAAAACGGGUUACUUAGAGAAACAGAGUGUUUACGGGUUCUUAAUCUUGUCUUAAUUAUCUCUCUUUUAUUUCUUCUUCUUUAUUGACACGAAAAAAAGACACAGAGACAAAAGAGAGAGAGAGAGAGAGAGAGGCAGAGAAGAAGAUAGACGAAAACAGAGGAUUCUUUUUCCCCCCCAAGGAUCCUCUUCUUCCUCUGUUCUUUCCCCCCCUUCCUCUGUUCUUCUUCUUCUUCUGGUCUUGAAGAUACAUGAAUCAACAUCCCAUUGUUAUGAAUGUUGUUGAUGCAUUCUCUUUUGUGAAGAAGAUCAGUUCUUACGAGUGACCUCUCUGGAAGAUUUUUUUCAAAAAGCUUAGCUGGUGAAUGAAGUAGUAGUCUUCAAAAAAAAGAAUGGGUGGCUGCGUUUCUUCUCAGAGAAAGCUCAACAACAAGCUUCAACAGAAGAAGCAUAGACGUGGCCGAUCUGGCAAAUGUCGGUCCAAAAUAUCUGCUUCGAUGCCCGAUGUUCCUAUGAAACGCAUGAGUAAUGCGAGUGUUAGGGAUUUUGCAGUGAGCGAAUAUGUUCAUCUUGAUUUCGACAACUGUGCUGCCAAGAUGAUGUGUAAGAGAGCUGAGAUGUCUAACGCUAACUUCCAUGUAACUCAGCUUCAAUGGAACUGCAGCCAAAUCGAUGGAAACCGAAUAUCACAUGAGGAAGCUUGGUACGAUUCCUUUAGCUACAUCGAUUCUGAUUCUGAUGAUGGUUCAAAUAGUAGUGUCUUUGAAGAUGCAAAUGCUUCUGCAAUGGGACAAGUGAUUCAGUAUGAAGAGUUCUACGAGAGUUACCUGAAAAUAGAUGGAAACAAAUCAGAGACAUACUCAAGCAAGAAUGAAGUUAGCAUAAAGAGAAACCAAGUGGCUGAUGAAUCUCACCAUGAAACUUUCAAGAGUACCACUUGUGAAGAUCAUCAAGAUCACAGGAAGAAGUCAUCAAAAGUUGUUAUGGUUUCUGUGCGAAGAACAUCUAUCGAUAGCAAAUCAAGAGCAUCUGAUUUCUCUUCAGGUGAGAAGCUCUUGUACCGUCCAAAAGCCGGUUCUGUGAUUCAACGUUCUUUGGGAGAGAAGCUAAGUAGUCAAGGAAGCUGGUCAGAACUUUCUCCCUCUAGUUUCAAGCUCCGUGGAUUGAAUUUCUUCAGAGACAAGCAAAAGAGUCCUGCACCAAACUGUAGUCCUUACAUACCAAUUGGAAUCGAUCUUUUCGCGUGUCCUAAGAAGAUCAACCACAUUGCUCAGCACAUUGAGCUCCCUAAUUUGAAACCGACAUCAUCACAAGUCUGUGAUAUCCCCAAUCUCUUGAUUGUGAACAUCCAGCUUCCAAUGUAUGCAACCUCUAUGUUUGGUGACUAUGAUGGUGAAGGACUUAGCUUAGUCUUAUACUUCAAAUUGAAUGAGAAUUAUCACAAAGAAAUCUCAUCUCACUUUCAAGAAACCAUAAAGAGAUUCAUGGAAGAUGAAAUGGAGAAAGUGAAAGGAUUCACGAGAGAAUCAACAGUUCCAUUCAGAGAGAGGUUAAAGAUCCUGGCCGGUUUGGUAAAUCCUGAGGAUCUUCAGCUAAGUUCUACUGAGAGAAAACUUAUCACAGCAUACAACGAUAAACCGGUUCUUUCUCGUCCGCAACACGAUUUCUUUCGGGGACCAAACUACUUUGAGAUCGAUUUGGAUAUACAUAGAUUCAGUUACAUAUCGAGGAAAGGACUCGAAUCUUUCAGGGAUAGGAUCAAGAAUGGGAUUCUUGAUUUGGGUUUAACUAUUCAGGCUCAAUCACCAGAGGAACUUCCAGAGCAAGUACUGUGUUGUGUCAGGCUGAACAAGAUUGAUUUCGUGAAUCACGGACAGAUUCCAACUCUUUUAACUAACAAACAAUGAUGGGCUUUCUGAUGUGAUUCACUACAAAAUAACACAGUGAGAGAGUGAAGGAUCAACCAAUCAAUCAAUCAAUGGGGAGAGCAAAGAGACAAAAAUUUAAAACAGAGAACCUUUUCAUAUAUUUGUAUUUUAGAGACUAAAGAAGAAGAAAAUAUCAAUGUCUUUUUUGGAAAACCAUAUCUACUCCAGAAAUUAUUAAUCUCAUGAAAAAGAUUCAUUUGUACAAACGUCACAAGUUCUUACUCCAUUAUUCAAAAACCCUUUAGAAACAACAA